AACAUCUCAGAUCGAUUUCGGUCUGUUCUCUGGUUUUUAUCUCCACCGGCGAUUUGACGGUGGGGCCGGAUCUCUAUCGGAGAUCUAGAUUGGUUGCAUUCUGCCCACUGUGGCAGUGAGCUUAUCGUUGGAAAAGAAAUAAGGCAAAGAUGGUGAAGAUGACAAUGAUAGCCCGUGUUACUGAUGGUCUGCCUCUGGCAGAAGGUUUGGAUGAUGGGCGUGACUUGCCAGAUUCAGACAUGUAUAAGCAACAAGUCAAGGCUCUCUUUAAGAAUCUCUCGAGAGGCCAAAAUGAGGCUUCAAGGAUGUCGAUUGAAACCGGCCCUUAUGUUUUCCAUUACAUCAUAGAAGGACGUGUUUGCUACCUGACAAUGUGUGAUCGCUCUUAUCCCAAGAAACUUGCCUUUCAAUACUUGGAAGAUCUCAAGAAUGAAUUUGAACGAGUAAAUGGAGCUCACAUUGAAACAGCCGCUCGACCAUAUGCCUUCAUUAAAUUUGAUACCUUUAUACAGAAAACCAAGAAAUUGUACCAAGACACUCGUACUCAACGGAAUAUUUCCAAGUUGAAUGAUGAACUUUAUGAGGUCCAUCAAAUAAUGACUCGGAAUGUGCAAGAAGUGCUUGGGGUUGGGGAAAAGCUUGACCAGGUUAGUCAGAUGUCAAGCCGGUUAACGUCAGAAUCUCGUAUAUACGCUGAUAAGGCUAAAGAUUUGAACCGCCAGGCUUUGAUUCGGAAGUGGGCACCAGUUGCCAUCGUUUUGGGGGUCGUCUUCCUCCUGUUCUGGGUCAAGACGAAGCUAUGGUAAAGCAGACUUCUCUCCACGGACAUGGAUUCCGGCAGCUAAAAUACUUAAUCUUUUCGUUAAGAGUUCCAUUUUUGUACAAUCUUGCAAUAACUUGGGAACACAUUUUCAAGUUUAUUACGGUAACUGAGGUAUUAUAUGAAGGUUGGUAAUAGUAGAAUCAUGAGUUCAACUCUCUCAUGUUUAUAAUUGAACUACUGUCGUCAUAUUAUAUAUUGCAUUUCUUUCCA